AUGUCGCGGAGACUACUAAACCGCCCAGGCGGCUCAUUAGAUCCAUCGUCAUCAUCAUUUACAGUCGUACUGCCAGAUUACGAGCCACCAGUAUGCCCUCUCACAGAUAACGCCCGUCGCAAUCUUAACGACCUAUCCAACACACGCGUAAGCGCCGUAUACCAACAGCAAGUCAGCGAAUCUAUUCGACUACUCGGAUUCAGCGUUAGUGACAUACAUGAACGUUUGCGCACACAGCGCGAGAACCUCGAAAACCAGAAAGCCAAGAGAGAAGAAAGAGGCACGGAUAAAACCGAAGACGAGCAACGCCUCGAAGCUCAUCUCGCCAAAUUCGAGGAUCGUGUCAAUGAAUUAACCGAAUCGUCUGAGAAGGCUGUUCGCGAACUUAUAGACCGCAGAGCUGAACUCGAAGAUGAAGCUGGUAUUCUCAGCGAAUUAUACGACAUUACCAGUGCUGAAGCGCACCAACAAAGACAACUCCAGGAAGAACAAGACGAAGGCGAUGAACAGAAGGCAUCUAGCGUCAUUGAAACUUUCAAAGACCUGCGUGGCAAGAAGGAGGCAGAAUACAAAAAUAUGUCUGCCCACCAGCGGUAUGCACUCAACAACGACUACGCUGGUUUCAAGAAGCUCUGGCACGAUGCCGCAGCCGGAGAAGAAGGACCACCUCUGCCAGACGCCUCACGCUGGUUCACCCAAGACGGCGAACCCGUAAUGGACGCUGCUGCGGGUGCCGCGGACGACGACGAUGAUGAUAUUGCCGUUGCGCGCGAGAUCAUCAGCAUCAACUGUCCUUUGACACUACAGCCCAUGAAAGAUCCAUACACCAACCGAAAUUGCAAGCACACAUUUGAAAAGUCAGCCCUGCUUGAAUAUCUGCCCAUGCGAGGAGAAUCACAGUGUCCACAAGCAGGCUGCUCACAGAGUUUCUCACGUGCGCGAUUCGACCAAGACUUCUUCCAUGAUCAAGCCAUGGAGCGUCGUAUCAAGCGCGCCCGCCAGACACAGGCAGAACAAGAGAUGGAGAUGGAUGAUGAGGACGAGGACGCUGAUGGUGAUGACGACGAAGUUAGGAUUAGUGGCCAGCAAGUCGCUCCCGGAAGAGCACUCAAGAGGGAACAAUGA